AGAAGCCAUCAGAGAUUUGAAGUUCAUACAACUAAAAAUAAAUCAGGUCAGUCUGGAGCAUAUCAGAUUAUGAUAUUAUAGACUAUUCUUCAGUUUGGUAAUAUAGAAUUGUCUGAUUUAAGGUUUUCUGGAUCUUAAAAUACCAAGAACAUUUGAAAAGUUAAAAAUGGGUUCCAAUUUAAACCUAAGACUUUUUUUUAGCUUUCCUCACUGCCUCUGAUCCUGAGGAGCAGAAGUGAAUGUGAAUGCACUUUGAAUUCCUAGCAGCUUUCACUGAUGCAGAGGUUCCAGCUGUACAGGGGCUGGAGGACUGCUAAGGAGAACAACAAGCUGAGAAUCAGUCCUCAUCUCUGGUUGCCCCCCACCCCACCCUCAUUGCCUUUCAUUGGAUGAGCAAGUCACACAAUCCAGGAAGUGGAAAAUCUAUCAUCGUUUGGUUGGUUUUUCUUACUUUCAGUUUUUCCACGCCUGAUGAGAAUUGCCAAGGCACAGCAAAGCCUGCAGCUUCCAUACCCGUCAUGAGAGCAAAUAACUUAUUUGUAAACCUUAGCACUUAAUUAACUAAAUGGAAAGCAAGGCAGUGAGUGAUUCCUGACAUGGCUGAAUUUAAGUCAAGCUGUGAAGCUCCAGGUGCAGCCAGAAAUGGAGAUGGACAACUUGAACUGAACCCUGAGAGCUUCUAAAAAGGCUUUGGACCACUGCUUCUCAGCAGUUUUUCUUAAAUUACCAAGAAAGCCUGGACCCCGGGUGAAACGGAGAAAUGGACACAAGUCCCCUGUGUUUCUCCAUUCUCUUGGUUUUAUGCAUCUUUAUCCAAUCAAGUGCCCUUGGACAAAGCCUGAAACCAGAGCCAUUUGGAAGAAGAGCUCAAGCUGUUGAAACAAACAAAACGCUGCAUGAGAUGAAGACCAGAUUCCUGCUUUUUGGAGAAACCAAUCAGGGCUGUCAGAUUCGAAUCAAUCAUCCGGACACGUUAGAGGAGUGCGGCUUCAACUCCUCCCUGCCUCUGGUGAUGAUAAUCCACGGGUGGUCGGUAGACGGCAUGCUAGAAAACUGGAUCUGGCAGAUGGUGGCCGCGCUGAAGUCUCAGCCGGCCCAGCCAGUGAACGUGGGGCUGGUGGACUGGAUCACCCUGGCCCACGACCACUACACCAUCGCCGUCCGCAACACCCGCCUUGUGGGCAAGGAGGUCGCGGCUCUUCUCCGGUGGCUGGAGGAAUCUGUUCAAUUCUCUCGAAGCCAUGUUCACCUAAUUGGGUACAGCCUGGGUGCACACGUGUCAGGAUUUGCCGGCAGUUCCAUCGGUGGAACGCACAAGAUUGGGAGAAUCACAGGGCUGGAUGCCGCGGGACCUUUGUUUGAGGGAAGUUCCCCCAGCAAUCGUCUUUCUCCAGAUGACGCCAAUUUUGUGGAUGCCAUUCAUACCUUUACCCGGGAGCACAUGGGCCUGAGCGUGGGCAUCAAACAGCCCAUAGGACACUAUGACUUCUAUCCCAACGGGGGCUCCUUCCAGCCUGGCUGCCACUUCCUAGAGCUCUACAGACAUAUUGCCCAGCACGGCUUCAAUGCCAUCACCCAGACCAUAAAAUGCUCCCACGAGCGAUCGGUCCACCUUUUCAUCGACUCCUUGCUGCACGCCGGCAAGCAGAGCAUGGCCUACCUGUGUGGUGACAUGAACAGCUUCAGCCAGGGUCUGUGCCUGAGCUGCAAGAAGGGCCGCUGCAACACGCUGGGCUACCACGUCCGCCAGGAGCCGCGGAGCAAAAGCAAGAGGCUCUUCCUCGUAACGCGAGCCCAGUCCCCCUUCAAAGUUUAUCAUUACCAGUUCAAGAUCCAGUUCAUCAACCAAACUGAGACGCCAAUACAAACAACUUUUACCAUGUCACUACUCGGAACAAAAGAGAAAAUGCAGAAAAUUCCCAUCACUCUGGGCAAAGGAAUUGCUAGUAAUAAAACGUAUUCCUUUCUUAUCACGCUGGAUGUGGAUAUCGGCGAGCUGAUCAUGAUCAAGUUCAAGUGGGAAAACAGUGCAGUGUGGGCCAAUGUCUGGAACACGGUCCAGACCAUCAUCCCAUGGAGCACAGGGCCGCGCCACUCAGGCCUCGUUCUGAAGACGAUCAGAGUCAAAGCAGGAGAAACCCAGCAAAGAAUGACGUUUUGUUCAGAAAACACAGAUGACCUACUACUUCGCCCAACCCAGGAAAAAAUCUUCGUGAAAUGUGAAAUAAAGUCUAGAACAUCAAAGCGAAAGAUCAGAUGAGAUUUAAUGAAGACCCAGUGUAAAGAAUAAAUGAAUCUUACUCCUUAUCUGGAAUGGCUGCCUUAUUUAGAAGCCAAAAUUACAUAAAGAAUCUCACACAAAGCUUAAAUAAAGUUUAGAUUUAAGGGGGGUAUGUUUCACUCUCAUAAACUGAGCUUUUAAAAACGAUAUGAUAUAACUAUUUUCCAGUAUUAGUACAACCAAAAAUGUCCCAAUUUUAUCUCUGGUUAAAUAUUAAUAUAUGCAAAUAAGUACAAAUGCAAGAGCCAUUUUAGAUCUGUUGUUCUAAUUUACAAUGUCUUUUAUAAUUAAGUUUCCCACAUGUCCUUGCUAGUUUAUUAUGACCCAUUUUUGAACCAUGCUAGAAAGAUACUUUUUUAUUAGGUAACUAGUGCUUCAAUAAAGCAAGAUUCUAAUUAAUCACCACUAGUUGUGUAUACCAAAUACACAUCCUUUAAGACAAUACAGUUCUUAAAAGAAGAAAAAUUAUAAUUAUUCUAAUAGUUAUAAAAAUCAUAUAACGAUUUCACAGAACCAAACACUUACAAGUAGAAUUCUACUAAAACUACUUGUGAUAACAGUGAAAGCUAGACACGUGGUCAUUUUAAUAAUGGAAUUACAAAUUAAAUAAACAUAGUUAUUGUAUCUUACUAAUGCUUGCAACAAAAGCUAAUUUUAAAAACUUGGAAUGUCUCAAAGCGUUUGCUAUGGACUGAAUGUUUGAGUCACCCCAAAAUUCAUUUGCUGAAAUCUAAUCCCCAAUGUGAUGGUGUUUGGAGGUGGGGCCUUUGGGAGGUGAUUAGGUCACGAGGGUGGAGCCCUCAUAAGUGGGAUUAGUGCCCUUAUAGGGGAUAAAGGAUCAGAACUCUCUGCCAUGUACAGAUAUGAGAAGGCAACUAUAUGCAAACCAGGAAGUUGACCCUCACCUGGAAGUAGACUACCAGAUCUGCUGGCACCUUUAUCUUGGACUUCUCAGCUUCCAGAACUGUGAGAAAUAAAUGUUUCUUGUUUAAGCCA